AUGAUCCUGUUGGCAGCAGACUUUGGACUCUGGAGCCGCUGGGCACUGAGUGACUUAGCCAGACCCCACUCCCUCCCGGAAGCAGGUAGGAGACCGUAUAAAUCAAAGGUCCCUCGGGCCCAUCAGCAGGUCAACGUCAACAGUUCCUCCAAGGACACUGAGAUGAAAACAGAAGAGCCAACCGCAAGUCUUGGGCAGACCCUGGAGUGGCUGAGAAAGGAGCUGGCCGAUAUGCAAGUUCAAGACCAGAGACUCCUGCUCACACUGAGGCAUCUUCACAGUGUCCUGGAGGAGCUGCGCACUGAGAGUGCCCACUGGGAGGACUCCAGGUCCAGUGGAGGGACGUCCCCCGUCAGAGCUCGAGCAGGCUCUGAAGCCAGGGGUCAUCCUCCCAUCUCCACCAAGAGGCUCGCCCAGCUCCUCCAAGGGGUGGAGAGCAGACGAAGCUCCCUCCCUUAACUGGCCGGGCCUGACCCCCCGGCUUGAACCUUCCCACCACUUGUCCAAACUUCGUGAUGUUGCUGGGGGAGAGCACUGCAGUGGGAGUCAGGGAGCCAGGGCUCUGGGUUCUUCUCUGCGGUCAUCCGCGGUGUAUCCCUAAACCUGUCACUCAACUCUUCUGUUGCUCCUCCGGGUUUUUGGUGAGGCACAAAUAAGGUAUCAGAUGUUGACUUGCUUCCCAAACACUGGCCUCUGGCCAGCACCGGGACAGCGAUCCCCUCAAGGUGAUCAUUAGAACAAAGAAAGAACUCAGUGUGUGCCCAGGAUGUUUCCUGUUACUAUGGUGAAAAACAGACCCCCGCCCCAUUAGAGUGACUCCGCAAUUGUUUUCUGUCUUCCCAGGAGGCCUCCCCUUUCCUCUGUCUGAAAGCCACAGACCCCAUUACCAAUCUGGCCCUACAGAUGGGCAUGUGACCAGGCCUGGCCAAUAAUAACUCGCGAUCACCCUAACAACAUGAUUGGCCCAACCGGGGACCAUGCGACUCAACAGAGCCAAUCACAGCCCUUCUCUGGGAUCCUUCUCUGGGAUCCCGCUCUGUAUGUUCUUGCCCCUGGAGUUGCAAGGGCCACACGCACUUGCCGGGUGAAGAAGACCUGAGCGCACUAGCAAGGAAAUAGAGGUGGAGAGAGGGCCGUGGAGAGCUGGGCAGAGAGGAAGGUGCUGGUUUCAGGCCCUAGUUCUGUGAGUUACUUCUGUAUUCUUUCCAGUGACAGAAACCAGUAAGUCCCACGACCGCCGUCCUCCGCCACACACACAUUAGGUUUUGCUUAAGCCGACUUGAGAGGGGUUUCCCUCCUGUGCAGCCAAAAGGAUCGGGAGGAACACAAUCCGGAUGUUCAAAGAUGCAAAGAGAAAUGCUGAAGAAAAGGGCAUUUUGCUCACUCAGGAUUGACAGCAACAGCUCUGCGACCGCAGACCCAGUCUGUUCUCAGUUGUGUGGGGUGCUGGCCUCAUCACUUUGACAGACUCUAUCUGCCUAAGAGAGACUUUAAGUAAGACAGCCGAAAAUUUAAAAAGCCUCAUGUUGAGAUGGUCCAGUUAUUGGUAGGACUUUUGUUUUUGGAAAAUCCACUUGCACGUUGUUAGAAUAUCAUUUUUAUGGCUUUGAAAAAGUAAACCCAUUGUAUACAGAGGCAAAGAGGGGGGAGGAGUGUUAUAUGUACAAUGUUUAUAGUCAGAUUAACCUGGGAUUUUAAUACAAUAUUUGAUAAUAUAAAAAAUAUUUGUCCAUCAAUAGCUGAGUGGAUAGACAGAAUAUGGUAUAUACAUGAAAUGGAAUGUCGGUUGUUGAAAAGGAAGGAAAUUCUGGCAUGUGCUACAACAUGGGUGACCCUUGAAGACAUGAUGCUAAGUGCCAGGAGCCAGUCACGGAAGGACAUUGUACGAUUCCAUUUAUAUGAGGUACCUGGAGUAGUCAAAUCCAUAGAAACAGAGAGUAGAAGCAUGGUGGCCAGGAGCUCAGGGAGGGGACAAUGGGGAGUUGGUGUCUAAAGGUAACAUUGACCUUAUGCUACGUUUUAUCACAGCUAAAAAUAAAUACUUAAAAAAAAAUACCUGUUCUGUGAUUCUGGGACUGG